GGACACAACGGGUAUGUCGUCAUCAUCCACUCAUACAAACAAACUGGGCUACUAGCAACAGCUCGAGCUUUUCGAUGACGGCGGUCAUGCGAAGGCGAAAACUUUCUUAUCAGCUAGUUUGAUUAAAACAGCUCGUCUGAUCGUCGACAGCAACAACUACCAUCAAUUGAGAGGAGUUUAACCACAGAGUACAAAAAUAGUGAAGGUGAGCGUCUUCCUAUGGUGCUAGUAUGCUAAUGUUACUGUUGAAUGAGUCCAGAGAUGAUUACCAGCUUACUUUAGCGUAAGCAUUCACAAGUUUGGACAACUCUUUUCUCACAGGCUUAAUAAAUUAAAAGUAGGGAAUAAUAAAGCACGCAGGCAUAAUGUAAACUGGAUAAUUAUGUGACUUUUUAUGCUUUUCGCUUUAGUUGUUAGCGCGCUAGCUAGACCAACUAAGCUACUUAUAACUUGUCGGGUCAGGAAAUUGACCCUUAAGACUAACUUGCAAAGGUUGUGAGCAUCCACAAAUGAUUACAGGUUUUACUUCAGCACAUAACUGUGUCGGGUGCACCAUACAUGUUUGCAAUGUUGAGAAGAGUUUGUUCAUAAAGUGGACUUAGGGCUCCACCAAGUGUCAAGAUUGGGAAACAACAACUCUCAGCCAUCUUUCAUAUUUUUUCAGGAAGUCUCAAUGUUCUUGUAUAAAUGCCAUGGUAACUGAUAAUUUCUCUCGUGUAGGAGCAGUUGUAUUAUAUGAUGAACUUCUCAGAGGUCUUCAAACAGUCCAACCAACUUUGUAAAGUUUCUCCAGAUGGGAAAUAUUUGGUAUGAAAUACUUUGCCUAAUUUUCUCUGUCAGUAAAUUGUACUUUCAAAUUCGAUUUGAUUCCCAUUUUUUAGUUUGCUAGUUAGAAAUUAUCUCAGAUGAAGUGUUUGUCAUUUGGUCUGUACUCCUCAGGCUACCUGUGUGCAGUACAGGCUGGUGGUGCGAGAUGUGAGCACCCUGCAGAUUUUGCAGCUCUACACAUGUCUGGAUCAGAUUUCCCAUAUGGAGUGGUCGUCUGAUUCCCUCUUUAUCCUCUGUGCUAUGUACAAGCGAGGAAUUGUUCAGGUAGGUCCAGAGUACAACAAGGUGUGCAUGUGGUGGAUAGCCUCACCAGUAAAAUGCUUAAUAGAUCACAGCCAAUCUUGCCUCUCUUGAUUAAUACUGUUAGUGCUAAUGAGAUUCUUUAAGUCUUAUUUUGAAUGACAGAGAAGUUUCACUUGAGAAGAAGCACUUUGACAGUAAGAUAGUCAAAGUAUCUUAGCAGCAUAGCAUGUACUGUAGCUAAACAUUAUCCAAUUUUACAUUAUAAAGUUUGAAUCGCUUGUAAAAAAAAAAAAUAGGCAAAGAUCUUAAAAAUCAUACAAUAAAACAUUGAAGUGUAUUCCAAAAUAGUCAAUAGUUCUCUGACAUUUCAUUGUUUUGACAAAGAAGCAGGUUUGAGACCUGACUUAAAAAUAUGAAGGAAAAAAAAAACAGAGGCCUUUCAGCUUAUGGCAGCAGAAUCCGGUCUGUCUGCCUAAAUGUACUUUGUGAUUGAGAAAUAAAUACUUCUAAUAGCUCUAUUUAGCUGGAGAUUUUUCAGAAUAGAUGAGCAAAUCUUUCUCUAUAUGAACAUGAAUUGAGAGCAAUUUUGCUUUAUUCAACCUAAUUGUCUCUUAACAAACUCACUGACACUGUGACAGCUUUUGUCAGGGCCUUUGUGCAGGCCAAAGCUUUCUGCACUUACAACAACAAUAAACCCUGGUCAACACCUAAGCUGUGGAAGCUGCACCUGGCCAAGGAGGAGGCCUUCAGAAGUGGGGUUUGGAUCCUGUACAAGCAGGCCAGAAACACAAUAACAAAAGAGAUCAGGGGAGCCAAGACGAGGUUGCCUUUGAACUUGCCAGUAAAAGUCCAUAAUGUGAGUGGCAGUCAGAACUGAAGAUCGAAGACACUCUGACAUUCUUUAAAAAAUCUGCAUUGAAACAGGGAUAUCAACCCUGGGUGAUAUCCCUGUUUACUGGAGUCAUAUACCUUGUAUAUGUACACACACUUGGCCAGUAUCAAUUACUUGCCAAACAAUUAUCGCGCAUCACAGCUGGUACUAUGUACAUGCUAAGAGCAAUUGCAAAUAUUAAAGAGAAAUUUAUGAACUCCAAUACAGUUUCAGUGUUAAAUUAAAUUGCCUUUUGACAAGUAGCAGUUGUAACAAGAGUAGUGUUUACAGAUCAAAGACUACACAGUAAAUACAAAGCCAUUCACACUAGAGAUCUAACAUCAAGUGGCUGCUGUUUCAAAAUAGAUUCAUCCUUAAGAAAUUUAUGUUUGUGUUGAUUUUUUGGCACCUCCUGUGGACAAAAGGAGAACCUUCCUCUCUUCCUUUGCUAAUUUUACUCAGUACAUGUUAAAGUAGUGUGCUAUUCUCAUAGGAAUUUUUAACCCUGCUUUAUUUUAAUACUCAUUAGAAAACUCUGCUAUGGAAAAUGCAAACAAACAAACAAACAAACAAACAAACAAACAAAAGAACACUGAAUAAGUAGUAUGCAAGGAAUCGAUCCCCUGACCCCCAACCCUCACCAGCAGUUUUGGACAUUUAAAAAAAAACUAUCCAGAAGUAUUUAGUCUAGCCAAUGGUGGUCUGAUUUGCUUUGGUAGAUUAAAAAAAGAGUUUUUCUUUCAUUGUGGGGUCUGUUUUGUAACCAGCUAAAAACUCCUUCACAGUAGCUUUAAAAAUUCCUGCAGACAAAUAUUGUUUCUGAAUGCAAAGCUUAGUAAACCUCAUUUUAGGUUUCUCAUUUUAUAAGGAGUUCUAGUCAUUAUUUAUUCACAUCAUGAAAACUCUGGAUGCUGCUAAUAUUGUACAGUUUGAAUCACUUUUUAAAACAGCUACAAUUUAAAAAAACAAAAACAAAUUGAAAACGUUUUUCAUACCCGUGCCACAUCAGUAACAUGUGUCACAGUGCAUAUGUCUUACCUUUGAAAUGGUAUCCAGCGCCAGUCUCUCAUUGUGUCUGAUGCUCAGGAGUAUUGUACAGUUAAAAAACACAGGAACACAAAUACAGGAAGUGUGUGAAGGAUGUCAUCAGUAAUAGCGACUGUCUGUUCUUCACUCUCUGUCUUUCUAUAUAGGUGUGGUCUCUGGAACAGCCGGACUGGCACUGUAAGAUUGAUGAGGGCUCAAUAGGACUUCUCUCCUCCCGUUGGAGUCCAGAUGGACGUCACAUUCUCAACACUACUGAGUUCCAUGUAAGUGUGAAGUUCAUGCGUGUGUGUGCUUAUGUAUAUGCUUGUCUGGUUUCUACUGUUGCUGGCCCACAAGGAAGGGGGACCUCAAAAUAGCCAGACACCAGAGCCUUUCUUGACCCCCCCCCCCCCCCAAAUGCAUGUAUUCAGCCUGAUUUCAUAGCUCCCCUCCUGUUAGCAUCUUGUCAUACAUGGGUCUCAAAUACCACCGGACCACGGAUGCAAUGUACAUGUUGCCCUAAUGUUUCUCUUAUGAGACCCCAAAUUUUUACUGUUCUGUGGGUCAAAUGAUAUUUAAGUUGUAACUGCAAAUAAGAAAAAAAAACAAUCAGUGAUCUUGAGAGAUGAUAAAGUUUUAAUUUUAGAAAAAGGUGGUCAAUAUCAAUGCAAAAAAGUACUGAAACUUCUAAGAGUCGGUUUUUAGAGGUGUAUUUUUUUUUUUUACUAAUUCUUCGCUACUCAGUUAAAAUGCUGCAUUGAUGCGCUCCGAGUAAAAGGCUCUUGGUUUUUUUCUUACUCUCAGUGAAAUCAUCCAUUUAGUCUCAGUCACACUUAAUGAUGCAAAAAAAGUGUUUUAACCCAAAGUAACAGAACUGUGACUUUUUUUUGACAUUUUUGUCAAAUAUAAUAAGGCUAGUACUGCACAAGUCAUUUUCAUUUUAUACUUAAACUAUAGCCUGUAUAUUAUGAUAAUGUAACAAUGGCUCAACAUAUUUGCAUAUAUGAAGGUGUAGAAAGACAUUUUAUUUAAUUGUAGCUGUAUGACUAUUAUAAUACAGAGAACGGCAACAACCCACCACAAACACACAAGCACAACUGCACACUGCAACUAAGUAUAUCUUUUUUUGUCAUUUUAAUGAAGUGCAUUGAAGGUAGUGAGUGUGCCCAUGGAAAGUCUCUGGUGCCAUGUUAUUGAGACUCCUACAGCAAAUGUUCUUCUAUUCAUAAACAUGUUCUCUAUGUUGUGAUGAAUUCAAUCCUUACAGCAUUUUUCAAAACAAAAAUGCCUCAUCAAGAUAAAGAGGCAGGGGGCGUUGGAUGGUGAAUGUUAAAUGGUGUUUAUUCGUGUUUGCGGAAUGAAACCCAAACUACUAAAAAUGCAUUUAGUUUCUCUGUAUGCUUUUAACUCCUAGUUUAGAUUCACUCUGUUGUGAGCACAUGCUGUAAGGGGUUAGAGGCUAUAGUGGCUACUCUCAAAUAUGACAGGGGGCACCGUGGUGGGCCAUAUCUGUCAUGCUGAACCUGACUCCAGGAAUCAUUUGACAGGUGUUGUGGCCCAACACACAACUGUGUCUGGUCUGGAGAAGGGUGCAAGGAGUGCAAGUGUCUGUGGCAUGUCUGCUUUGUGUCUGCAUCCUCCUUUCAAAAAAAAAAAAAAAAAAAAGGGAUUGGUACAGAAAAGACUCAAUCCCUUUGCUUCUACAUAGAUCAUUGUAGCUAGAUUUCUAGAAAGUCUCUGUGACUUGUCUGUUUUUAAUUCUCUUUCUAAAUGUGUCUGUGUCAAAUGACAGGAUUAAAUAAUACUUGGCAGGAAAGAUGAAGGUAAUAAUUCUGACAGGUGCCGUGUUGAUGGUAUUUUAAAGAGGUUGGGUGGGACAAAGUUAAUUGAGGCGAUGGGACACAAUAAAACUGUAAAACUGAGAUAUAUAUAUAUAUAUAUAUAUAUAUAUAUAUAUAUAUAUAUAUAUAUAUAUAUAUAUAUAUAUAUGUAUGUAUGGAUAUAUAUAUAUAUGAUUGAUGUAUAUAUGGAUAUAUAUGUAUGUAUAUACAUGUAUAUAUAUAUGUGUGUGUGUGUGUGAGUGUGUGUGUGUUCAGUCGCUCACGGACACAUCGCAAAUCCUUUCGCCUUUGGACUUGUUACUGUUACAAGGGAUUUCUAGAAACUCACCACAGAGUGCAUAAAGGACGGGCAGCCAGUUUACACCUGGUAUUAACACAUCUCCUGGGUGAUCAGAUCACAAGCAGACAGCACUAUAUACAGCAGUUGACACAUUGUACCAGUUUAUGUUUCCAUCAGUGUCUGUGGGGACCACGAGAGUUCAGAUCUCAUUUCCAUGCCUGAUAUGUAAAUAAAACAUAAUGUGCACUUUUAGCGCUGAGUGGGGAGGUGUGAGGGACACCGCGUCUUAUCCAACAAACACAGGCUUCUAUGUGUUUUGAAUUUCUUACUCCAUUUUUCCUAUACAUAAACUAUGUUUUCACAUGCUGGAGUUAGUGUGGGAAUGAUCAACGGAAAUCCUUUAAAAGAAACAGCAGAGAAGUUUAAAAUCAGACAAAAUUAAAGGGCAUCACUAAGAUCACUGUUGCCUUUAAAUCAUCAAGGAGGCAGUCCUUCAUCACACUCAGGGCUUAGUUGGCACACACACUACUGAAAGAAUACGGUAAUAUACAUCUCUGACCAUCUGUAAAUGCAGUGAUCUUUUUUCAAGGGUUCUUAGCUGCAUCUUAGGAGGCUUUGUACAUGUAGCCAUACUUUUUGCAUUUACUUUAAUGAAAUCUUUUUAAAUAAAGGCAAAAGUAUAACAGACAUAAAACAAAGGAUCCAUCCUUAUAGAUAGAGCUAAUACUCAAUAGCUGAUGGCAAUCACCUGCCUUGCUUUGAGUCAGCAUGGAUUUUUGAUCCCUUCAUGUAUACCAGCAUUUUUUCUUUAUUGAGUUUGUUUCACCUGCCUCAAAUCAGCCGUUUGUUUACUGUUCAAAGUGUCUUAAUGUAAUGUAAAGUGUAAACCUGUAAUCAAAGGUUAGAUCAGGGGUCGGCAACCUUGAACACUCAAAGAGCCAUUUGAACCAGUUCCCACAGAAAAGAAAACACAGGGAGCCACAAAACUCCUUUGACAUCUAAAAUGAAGAUAACAUUGCAUAUAUCGUUUUUUACCUUUAUGCAAAUUUUUUUUUAUAUAUAUAUGUAAAAAACUGUAGUGAGUUGCAUUAAUGAAAUAAAUGAACUGCUGCAGAGAAAAAUAAAUAUUAUUUAUGUAGGCAAACAAAAAUAUUUUGAACAGUUUGAACUAACCUUCAAGACCCACUUCAAUGAAAAUCAUGUUGUUCUUGUUGUCUACAUGUUCAUAUAUCAUUUUUCUGAUGCUAGAGGACAUAUAAGUAAUAUAAGUGCAAAAUUGCAUUUCUGAGUAUUUCUGCAUUUAAAUCACUGUGAAUCUCUGGCAGACCCACAGUAACUUCAAGUUUUUGUUCACAAUUCAUUUUUUUAAAUCCAGCAUGAGUUUCAUGUAUUUUGGGAUGUAUUUACUCCACAAUCAGAUGUUGCUGUCAUGGAAAUGCACCAUUUUACUCCAUUUACCUUUAGAUAUACAUUGAUGUUAACAGACCAUUGCUAAAUAUAUGUCAGCAAAAGAAAAUAAAGGCUUAGUUUUAGGGCCGAAAACAUUUGCAAGAGUCACAACUUAAGUGCAAAAGCAAAAAAAAACUAAUCACAGCUGGAUUAUUCACUUUAACUUUUUGGCUUUUGAGAGUCUGCAUACAAAAAUCCUAAUAAAUCUCAACUGUGUUCAAACUACUGCAGAAAGAAGCAACUGAGUAAAGAAACAAAAGUACAGAUUUGUACACUGAGGAAAGAAGGAUACACAGAAAGAGAAAUUGCAAAACACCUAAAGGUGUUUAACAAAGGAGUCCACUACACUCUGAAGAGACUAGAGGAACCUGGAAGUUAUGAUGAUAGAAAAAGGCCUGGACGAAAGAGAGUUACUACAAAAGCAGAGGAUAAACACAUUAUUGUCAUCAGUAAGAGAGAUCAGCGAAAGACAGCACCACAAAUAAGGGAGGAAAUCAACAUGACAAGGUCGAAACCCAUAUCUCUGACAACCGUGAAAUGAUGUUUGAGAAAGGCUGGUCUGAAGGGUUGUGUAUCUGCAAAAAAACACUACUUCGUCCACAGAACAAGAAACAGAGAUAUGAGUGUGUAAAACCUCACAAAAAUUGGACUUAUGAUGACUAGAAACAAGUUCUCUGGACCGAUGAAAGCAAGUUUGAACUCUUUGGUUCAAAACGCAGAGUCAGUGUCCGCAGACAAACUGGUGAACGUCCAAAAGCACCAUGUGUUACACCCACAAUUAAGCAAGGAGGUGGUAGUUCCAUGGUAUGGGGAUGUUUUGCAGGUGAUGGAGUAGGAGAUUUGUUUGAAGUAAGGAGUAUCAUGAAGAAGGGACAGUACCACUCCAUCCUCCAGCACCAUGCUGCUCCAUCUGGACUCAGACUUGUGGCUCAUAAGUUUGUUUUGCAGCAAGACAAUGACCCUAAGCACUCUGCCAGGCUCUGUCAGGGUUACCUAGACAAAAAAGAAGAGGAAGGUGUUCUUCAAAAGAUGGUUUGGCCCCCUCAGUCUCCAGACCUUUCUCCAAUAGAGCUUGUGCUGGAUGACUUGGAUCGAUUGGUCAGAAAGGUGUGUCCCACGAAUUAGCAGUCUUUUUUUAAUGAACUUAAGAAAGCUUGGAAUGCAAUCCCUGGAACAUACUUUAGAAAACCUGUGGAACGAAUGCCUCGUAUAUGCCAAGCUGCUGUUAAAGCCAGAGGAGGUUACUUUAAAGAAGGAAAGUCUAAGCAACAACAACUCAAAUACCUAAUAAUUAUAGUCAAAAUGUCUUCUGAUAAGUUACUCUUUAUACAGUAGUCAUGUUUACUGUGUUGCAAAUUACAUAUAUGAAACUAUGGUCUUUUUUUGUAAAAAUUUGAAUUUGCUUCCAAACUUUUGGCCUGUAGUGUGUAUUUGCAAAAUAAUAGCCAAUUAAAAUGUAAAAUUUACUUGCUUAAUGUGACGUUUGCUCCUGAACCUCAGUGCACAGCGUCUCCACAUCCAGGCUGUGUGACAUCACAUUCAUCUUCACACAGGUUUUUGGGUUUUCCCAAGACGGCAGUUAUGAUGCAAAUUUUGAGCGAUUGAAAAAAUUGAACAUGGUUUAUUAGAUGUUACAAGAGCAUUAUAAUCUUUGAAUUUAGAAUUACAAAAAAAUAAAUAAAUAAUACUUAUUUUUAAAAAUUAAAUAUGUAUUAUUUAUUUUUCAAAUCCACAGCUUAAGGAAGAAAGAGCCCGGGGUCGACGACCCCUGAGUUAGAUGAUUAUAUUUUGCUUUAUUCAAUCAAAUUUAAGGUGCAUAAGAUAUUUUUUUAAGAGAGUGACCCUAUGUCAGUAUUUCUUACUCAUAAGCUUUGAGAAAACACUGCUUAGCACCAGGGGAAUAAACUGUUAGCCCUGAAGUUGUGCCUUUGUAUAAUAUACAUUUUGUAAUUUUCCUUGUGCAUUGUAAAAGAUAAGAUUUUUUUCAAAUCAUUUAUGUGAAAAAAUAAGGAACUUUUCAUGGCAGUCCAUGUUACAUCUACUUAGAUGUGAUGCAUCAAAAAAAAAAAAAAAUAUAUAUAUAUAACUGCAGCACACUGCUUUACUACCAGCUACAUUUGAGCCAUCAGUUUAAACCUGAAUAUUGUCCUUUUAUUGAGGAUGCAAGACUACCUUAACAGAAGCAGAGGAGGCACCUCAUUGCCAAGGGCCCCACUGAACUUACCUUCACCCUGGCCCAAGAUUUCAUUAAGACUGUGCCAGACGGGUGUUCGUGUCAGGCUCGAAUUUCAGCUCCGCUCAUAAACAGCCUGCUAUAUUAACUUGUUUAGGGACAGCUGCCUGUGGGGCAGAUUGUGCUUUGGUGUGUGUGUGUGUGUGUGUGUGUGUGUGUGUGUAUUAGUAAAUCUGUAAAGUCUCCUGUGUGCAUUUGUGGCUUUUCUGGCCUAGUGCUGUCUUGUUGUUGUUGUUGUUGUUUUUUUUUUUUUUGUUUUUUUUUUUGUUUUGUCCAGCUGUAAACAAAAUACUUUAAGUAUUUUGCAGAUACAUAGAAAUUUUCAAGUGUAUCUCUGGUAGUCUAACAGUUGUAAAAAGGCGUUUGUCUUGGUGGAAACCCUAGAAAAACUACAGGUAGGCCUCACAUUUACACUUAGAGUUGGGAAUGCUUUGAUUAAGGAGUGAACAUGUUCUUAACUGCUGUCAAAUGUGGGAUGGUCCUAUUUCACAGGUUUAAUAGAAAGUUGCAUUGCUAAAACCUAGCUGGUGAAUUGUGAGACUUUGUGUCUUCUAUUUGAUUUUCACUUGUUUAUCUUAGGACCUCACAAAACGCAGGUCACACUUCCAUGUUCAUCCACCUUUACCUGCUGAGGGGUGAUAAACCAAGGGUGGAAAACUCCAGCCAAGGACAUCUUCUCUAAUGGUUUUUACAUUGUUGGGAUCGGAUUAGCGAUAGCAUUCUUGGCCAGUACCACUGGAGCCUCGCUAACAUGUAGCUUUGUUGGCAGUAAUGCCACUGAGCUACACUGCAAACGUAGGCAGCUGCUACUCUGAAACACGGGACAAUGGCUCUGUGAAGGUCUCCAGUUCCUUGGUAGAAUUAUGAGGCUGUAAUAGGAGAAAUAGGCUAUAUUGGUUUGAAAUUGCUUCCUAUGUGGAAUGCUUAGUCUAAUCCUCUGUUGACAGAUAGGCCUAUAUGGCAUCAAAAACCCUCACCCAUUCCCUGGCACUUGCUGAGGUGCGCAGAAAGAAUGGCUGAUGGAUAUCUUUUAUUCCAAGUUGCUGUCAGUAACAUUUGUCCACAACUGAUCGUAGUUAUCAUGUUGCCAACAGACUGUCUUGUUGGGAAUGUCAGCUAAUUCUUUAUUUUUCCAUUUAUGAGUACUUGUAUUUAAUUAGCAACAAUUGUCACAUUUGGCAGUGCCUUAACUAGGCUGUCUCUUCACAAUAUUUCAAGUGUAGUUUGAUUGUACAGCUCCUUUCUAGCAAUAGUCUUAAAGGGUUUGUAGGUCUUGUUAUGAAAGACAGCAAUGCAACUACUUCAGCUCUAUUUAGAAGACCUGUUGAUUUACAUUGACUUCAGUUUUAAAGGGACCUACCUUUAGAGCAGGGGUCGGCAACCUUAAACACUCAAAGAGCCACUUGGACCAGUUUCCCACAGAAAAGAAAACACAGGGAGCCACAAAACCUCUUUGACAUCUAAAAUGAAGAUAACAUUGCAUAUAUCUUUUUUUUUUUUUUUUACCUUUAUACAAAGUAUAUAAAAAACUGUAGCGAGUUGCAUUUAUGAAAUAAAUGAACUAUUUCGGCGAGUGUCUGUCUUCUUCUGUAGUUAAACCGCAAGAUAUCAAAAUCUACCCGGAUACAGCAAUGCUGCUUUUUGAUUGGCUGUUCAGUAGAUAUAUUCUAUUUGAUUGGCUUGUGCGUGGCACGCAGCUUCUGAACUCUCGGAGGAACUCAGUUGAUUUCCCCCAGUUCCAUAGUUGAAGAAGUGUUCAUUUAAAUGCGUGAGAAAUACAAUGUGUGGUGUGUGAGCGUGUGAACGAGUGGGAAUGCGUGUGUCAUACGCUGAAUGCGUGAGACUUGAGAGCCCUGUGCUCACGCAUCAUCGAUGUACUCCCGAGCCACGCAAAACGGUCUUUGCAAAUGUUGCACUGAACGCCUUCCUUUUCAGUCUUGGUGAAGUUUUCCCACACCACUGAUGUUUUAGGUCGGGAUUUGGGUUGGGUUGUGUCCAUGUUUUUCUCAGCCGCUGCCUCGGCCAUGGCUGUUUCUUUUCUGUGCGUCCUGCUGAUGUUUACACGCCGGUGUCCAUGGACAUAUAUAAAGACCCAACGAAUCGAUUACAGAAUUUGUUGGCAACGGAUUUUUUCGUCACGACGAAUCUACUUAAUCGAUUCGUUGUUGCAGCCUUAAUAGUUUAUUUAAUGUUACAAGAGCAUUUUAAUCUUUGAAUUUAGAAUUACAAAAAAAAAAUAGUAAUAAAAUAAAAUGCAAUUAAGUAUUUAUUAUUUAUUUUCCAAAUCCACUGGGAGCCGCAGCUUAGGGACGAAAGAGCCGCAUGCGGCUCCAGAGCCGCGGGUUGCCGACCCCUGCUUUAGAGCAUUACAAAAUAAGAAGCUCUUGUAUGUAUUGUGAUGCGGUACAAAUAAAGAUGUUCUUGUCUGUUAUUACUCUUGAUGCGAAUCACCAGUCUGAGUUAACCUAAGCACAGACAGGAAAUUUUCCAUCUGAGACAGAUAAAUGGCAGCUGAAGUCAUCAUGUUUUGCUUUUACACCACACUGAUCCCCCAAGUUCCUAUCCUCAAACUUCUGCUCACCUCUGGUGAUGAUAAUUUAUCUUAAGUGUAGCUUUACCAACCAAGGAUCUUAUUGCAUACCAGUCCACACGGAGAAGCAUUUCCCACCUAUUUUCCUCAUGCCACCCAUCCUUCAACAAGUUUUAAGUUACACUUCCUUAUAGGGUUUGGUCUCUGUGGGUCCCUCUAACAUGGCAGGUUCAUGGCAUCUAAGAAGUGUAAGUGUGUUUGUGUUUGAGCGGUGUUGAUCAUAGUUUCUAUGGUACCAUGGCUGAGGGGAUGUCCAGGAAGCGUGCAGUGAGGUGUUAUUACAGGGCCUACACAGCUGGAUGUCUUGAACCUAACAGGAGGGUCAACACUUCUGCUCAGUUAGUCGACAGACUUAGCUCAGUUCAAAUAUCUGCCCAGACACCUGAUGACAGCCUUGACACGUCAACAGUUUUAUCUCUGCAGAAACUAAAGUGAAUUUGACCUAUGUUUAAAAAAUUGAGCACAAUAAGCCAAAGGAGGAUUUGUUAUUAUUUUUCCUUUGAGGUUGGUAUAGAGGGUUCUCUUUAAAACAAGGCAGUGAAGGUGCGAAGAAUUCGAAAAAAAAAUUUCUGAUCUUCCUGACUCCAAGAAAGACAACACUAUAAUAACCAUAAUCAUAAUAACUUUAUUUAUAUAGCACCUUUAAAAACAGAUUUUUACAAAUAGCUUUAACAGAUGAAACAAACUAAGACUGAAAUAAACAAAGAUAAAUUGACAGUUAAAAAUUGACAGUUGACAGCAUCACAUCAGAAAGAUGGAAAAGAAGAAGGUGGACAGAGGACAGAUAUAAAAGAAAGAGAGAAAUAAAUAAUACAAUAAGAUAAGGUAAAAUAAGGGUAAUAAUGAAAAGGGAGGGAGUAUAUUAAAACAUGGAAAAAUGGUGAAAACAGGACUAAAAUGAUAAGAAACCGGUGAGGAGACAAAAAACAGUAAGAAUAAAAGUAGUUUAAAGGUAAUUGUAAGAUACGUAUGCAGAUAAAAUAGAAUAAUAUAAAUAACUAACAAGGUUAAACAAGAGGUAUGUAGGCAAUAAAUAACUAAAUUAAUCAAUCAUGCAUCAUGUAAAAAAAUCAUGUAAAAGCAAGCCUGAAAAAGUGAAAUGUGAAAAUGUUUUAUAAUGUGAUUUAAAAGAUGUUACUGCUUGGUGGUUAAAUAACAAUCCAAAUUACGUUUUGAAGAAAACAUGUUGAAAUUUUGUGUGUUUAUUGUGUACGCAUUUGGGUUAAUGUCAGUGUUUUUUAUAAUUAUGUAAAACAUAAUUUGACAGUGUUGCAUGUACUUCAUUUGAAUUAACUUACCAUAAGCUGUAAGGAAAGGUGUUAGGGGUAUACAUAUAGCACCCUUAAUGUUGCAGCCUUUUUUUGUUUGCAUGCAUGUUAUAUAGGUUGAUCUUUAUGGUUUUAUUCAAAGGUUGUAGAGAAAUCAUAAUUGUGCAAAAAUUGACAGCACCAAUAGAAGUUAAACAGUUGAUCUUUUCUGUGUGAAACUGCAGAACUACAGAGUGGUAAAGUCAGUAUCAUAAAGCACCAGUAAAGGUAUUUAUAAAAAGUUUUACAUUAUACAUUGUGUUUGUUGUCUGCCAUCUGCAGCCUGUUGAACCUCUGCAAAAAACCUAGAAGGAUGUACAGCGGUACAGACCACAGAUUACCAAACAAUGUCCCUUGGUCCUGUCGUGCACCUUGUGCCUUGAAGCAUUUUCCGUUUUUUUGAAGUGGAACUAGACAGUAUUUGAAUAGCCUCUGCCAGAACAGGGCAUUGACACCAUCUUCUUUCUUCCAUUUACUUUUCUUGCUCUUACUGCUUCUCACAAUAUAUCAUGCAUUGGCACUGCUUCUCAUUUAAGGAAAUGCACACUAGCUGUACAACUUAAUGGCCAUUUGUCACUCUUAUAGCACACAUCUAACAUUACAUCUUGGCUGGGUAAUGAACAGGUCUUCCUUCCUGCUUGCGUCAAGAUAUUGUUACAGAUCUGCUCAUUUCACAUGAGCCCCACAAGUCCGAAAAGGUCAUCUGAUCUGUAUGAGUUUUUUUGUUCCUGUCAGUGACUGCAGGGUUCCAACAUGUGAAGCUAUACUAAAAGACAACUCUCCACACUCUCAGCACUUUACAUGGCUACCCAAAUAGUGACGGAUGGAUUCUACAUCUGUGUCCCACAUCCUUCACAGGGAUUUGUCGUUGACCUCUUCAAAGACUUAAGACCUCUGUCCACGGCUGUUAAAGGGCAUGCUGCUCAAUGCUGUUCAGUGGUCAAGCUAGUGCACAGGUGUUGGUUGUAUUGAACACUUCUUCAACCAUCUGGACAUGUGACCACCUUUUCUGAGCUUUAAAUUGGACAGUGUGGACAACACGUAAACGAUCACUGUCACAGUUGGGAUCUGCUUGCUGAAGAGAAAUGCUGAAUUUGAUCUUCUGAAAGCUUCUGUGAGGAACUUUUGGUUUGUGUCAACUUUGACACCCUCUGUGUUAGUCUUUGCUUGUCUUGUCCUCCACAUGCUUAAGCGGUGAUUUUCGACCAAAAUAUCAUCCUGCUAACUUUCAGCAGUCAAAUGUAUGACUUAUUGUGAACAUUCGAUAUGGGAAAUGUCUUCAGCUUCUCUGCUGAAACCCAGCUACCUUAAAGGAGUUUCAGAAAGUAGAAAUUGCAAUAACAAAAAAUGUCAGUGUUAUGGCCUUGUUUGCUUUCAUACAGCAUAAAAAGGCAUCGAUGUGAAUGUCAGCCUAUUUCACAAACCUCAAAAAACUCCUCACAGUAGCUUUAACACUGGAACACAGUUGUUCCAGAGUGGUUUGUUAAACCUCAGGUCACAUCAAAAUCCAGCUCCUGAUUUUCUAUUUUUUACAUGUUGCUUUAGAGCCUGAUAGUUAUCAUUUGCCAAGCAUAAUUAUCUUAAUACUAAAUAACCAUUUAUAAAGUAUGUCUUGUUUUACCUUAUUUUAACAGUACAGUUUGUUUUUGUGAUUUACUGAUACUGAUACUGAUACCAUACUGACUUAAAUAUGAACAUAUGAACUGGCCCUCAAAUUCAUUUUUGAUUCUAAUGCAUUGGUUUGAAUAUGCCUGUUUGCCCUUUGCACAGCCUGGCAGUAUGGUUUGCCUGCUAACUUUUAUUUAGAGAUAAUCCUCAGUUAGUUUUUUAUCCUUUCUUUUUUCUUGUACCCUAACAGCUGAGAAUCACCGUCUGGUCCCUGUGCACCAAAGCAGUGUCUUACAUCAAGUAUCCCAAAGUAUGUCAGAAGGGUCAGUAUAAGAAUAAUAUUGUUUUAUUUAUUAUCUCCUGGCUUAUGAGCACAUAUGUAUUACGCAGAGUACCUGAGGACAGGGCCAGUCAUCUUAGUGCCUCUGCAUGUCAUGUAUCACAUGCCAUUCUUUACCUUGGGGCACAACCCUGGAUAUGUGGCCAAACUACAGUCCUCUUUGCUGACAGCUGUGCCUCUCUUCAGUAGAUGGGGCAUACUCCUCAUAACAGGCCUGUCAGCAGCAUGGGGAAAAAUGAUGGUCUAUGACUCCCCUCAUUUUCCACAUGCAAUACUAUGCCCCUCUGAAACCUGUGAAUCCUCACAGCCGUCAUAUAAAUAAUACCGCAAUGAUUGCUACAUACCAGCGACCUGGUGGUGCCAAAGUGUCACGUAAUUAUUUCAGAUGAAAUACACAAGCAGCCUUGAGGGGCAUGAUCAUUGAUUCAAUACUGCUGAUUUGACAUAAUUCUUAAGAAAUCAAACAUUAUUGGCUUGAUUUCUCCGGCAGGAGCCAAUUAAAAAAAUAUAUAUAUUUAUAGGCUUUUUAAGGACUGCACCAUACUAUGUGAACAUUUUUUAUAACUCAGCCAUAACAGUAAGAUUAUGUUUGUAAAAUUAUGUGAUAUCUAUAAAAUUACAGAUUUCUUCCAAACCCUUUCAAACACAGGUAUAGAUUUCAGCAGAGACGGCUGCUAUAUGGCUUUGGCUGAACGUCGUGACUGCAAAGACUAUGUUAGUGUAUUUGUAUGUGAUGACUGGCAUUUGCUCAGGGUAAGUAGAACAACAUAUAUAUUUUUUUAUUAUGACUGUUUCUAAGUAUUUCACAUCCCGAGAGGCAAUGUCAGAGACAACAAAGAACUAAAAAACAUCUCAGUUUCAAUCUGUGAGUUUGAUAGGAAUAAAGUGAAGUAAAUCCUUUUAAAUCUGAUUGAAUAAUAGUAUGAAUUAGCACAUGAACUAUAUCAUCACUGCCUGGAGAUGCUUUAAAUUGGCUGUCGAUCAAAUGUAUAUUUGGUUGUAAUGCCAUGCUACUGGGAACACAUUGUGUAAGUUGAUAUAACUUGACUCUGUUGCAGCAUUUUGAGACUGAGACGCAAGACCUUGCUGGGCUGGAGUGGUCUCCCAAUGGCUGUGUGCUAGCAGUGUGGGAUAGCUGUCUAGAGGUGAGUCAUUUGCUCUGCAGAUUGAAGAUGAGCAAGAGAAUGGGGAAGGCAUUACUUACCUUAUUGCUUUUGUGGAACUUGCUCCUAUUUACUUUCUAGCAUAUUACUAUGUAAGGGGCAAACUAGCCCUUUUCCGCAGAGAUGGUCAGCUAAGAACUGAUUACUCCAUUGUAGGUAUGCAGUAAAGGACUCUCACUAAAGCAGUUUCAUUUGCAAAGUACACACAUUAAACACAUUAUUGUCUGUCACUAAUUUUUGGUUAAAUAGCAUACUUGCUCACAAAGCUGUCAUCUGUUCAUUUUAAUGUAGUGUUUUAAAUAGUUAAAAACAAAAAAAAGGUCACUGUCAUGACCAACUGUAGCAGGGAUGCGUAAUUAGUGAGGUACUUAUAAGGGACAAUGAAUAGAGAUUUUGUUUUAUGUAUGUUUAUCAUCUCUUCAGUACAAGGUGUUGACGUAUUCUCUGGAUGGUCGGUUGCUGUCGAUCUACAGUGCCUAUGAGUGGUCACUGGGUGUGAAGUCAGUGACCUGGAGCCCCAGCAGCCAGUUCCUGGCCAUAGGCAGCUACGAUGAAAAAGUAAUGAGAUCAGCUACACAAUUAUUAAGGAUUAUGGCAGUGAGAAGUUGGAUGUCACAUAAAAGCUCGCCCUAACACAGCACACUCAGAGUUCCAUUAACCUUUGUAAAGCCAUGUGUUUAUUGCUAAUGACAAGGAGAAAAAAAGGUAGAAUAUAAACACAUCACAUGACACAACUGUCAGAAAAUACAGCUAAUUAAACUACUAUGAUGUCAUAUAACCUCUUCCUCUCAUGGGGAGUUUUACAGACUAGGAAAGCAACAUAGAGCUGCAAUAACUAUAAUAUAAAUACAACUAAUUUAGCCUUGUAUUUUUCUGCAACUGUCCAACCAGACCUGUACAGUUUUUUUUUAACGGAUAACAGGACAUUUGGCUUUUUUUGAUUGUCUCUCAUCUGUUCAAAACCUCAGUCAAAAUGCAACCUGUAAUGGCAACAACUGAGUCAGAGGUGUUACUCUAAUGGCAGUAAACUUAGCCAGGACUUUCUAUCUUCAUGUACAGAUGAGAAGCAGGCUACUGAGACCACUACUUAUCCACAGCUUUUCUGUACACCCAAACUCUUUAUGACUUAAAUGACAUCACUUGAGGCAAUACUACACUCAUACAGUACAAGUUCAUUUAUUUUAAUCGUCAGAUAUGUUUAAAUAUUUUUUUUUAUGGAUUGUGUUUUUUUUCCCUCGUAAGACUUAAAAGAAAAUAACUAUGAGAUAUUUUUCCCAGGUCCGCAUCCUCAAUCAUAUCACAUGGAAAAAAAUGGCACAGUUUGAACACCUAGCAACCAUCAACAACCCAAAAGCUGUAAGUAUUUUCCAGCCUUCAUGACGAGCUUUGAAAUGAAAUCAGUAACUUGAUGUUUUUGUUGUGUUUCUAGGUUGUUUAUAAGGAGGUAGAAAGACGGCCAGCUGUUGGAAGUGAUGAUCUGUCGCUUCACAACAUCACAAUUGGUGCCACCCUCUUUAACACCCAAAGCCAAUGUACAUGUCUUUGCUAUCAUUCAAACAAUAUCUUGCUAGCAGUAUUUAUACCAAAUAUAAAGGUCAAGUAUUAACCUUUUGCUCAUCAAGAACUCUUGACUGUUGUUGCUCUCUACACCAGAUGAGAUAUGUCCACCUCCAGUCCAUAUUCCUGUUGUCAAACCUGACCCUGAGCGAGCCAACCCAAAGAUAGGUGUCUCUGCUUUGGCAUUCAGCUCAGACAGCCGCUAUUUGGCGACCAAAAAUGGCAAGCAUUCUUAAAAAAAUCGAAAGACGCUUGGUUCCAGAAGCUGAGAAUGCCUGGUUGUGAAUUUGUGUGUUUUUGACUCUAGACAACAUGUCCAGUGCUGUCUGGGUGUGGGAUAUGCAGAAGAUGACCCUGGAGGCCGUGCUUGAGCAGACAUCAGCUGUGCGUUGCUUUCAGUGGGACCCACGUCACCCCCGGUUGGCACUGUGUACAGGCAACACCAAACUUUAUCUGUGGUCCCCUGCAGGCUGUGUUUCUGUCCAAGUCCCCACUGAAGGUAACUUUCUUAAGCCUUUUUUGGACACAAAUUCCUUGCAUUUUCUAGACGUUCAGAAUCAGUGCCGUUGACAUGAGCAACUCACAGCUGGAGAUGUGUCAUGGGCAGCUGGAAAUAAGCCUACUCUGGAAAGCAGGGGCAGACUGGGACCAUAAUUCAGGCCAGGAGUCUGACUCCAUCCAGGCCAGGCCAAUACACAUUGACGCAGAAAUGCCGGCUCCGGCGAACAGUUUUGGACAUUUGAAGCCAGAUGCUUCUCCAAUGACCUCUCAUCAUUGGAUCCCACUUUUUCACAUCAUAAGCAAAUUCAGACAGAGCCUUUUUCACCUUCAUUAAACUUAAGAAAAAUAUGAAGCCAUGAGAAACCUGUUUUAUAGCAGGUAUAAGCAGGGUACUAGAGCUUGCUGCAGCUUGAAUACACAGCUUGGUGAGGUUGUGCUCUUGUUUAAAGAAGAAUGGGGCACUCUUAUUUACACCAGGUGUAAAUCAUUCAGGCUUCAGGAGUGAAACUGUUUUAUUUGAGUGCAAAUGUUUCAAAUAAUUAACUAAUCUUGUAAAUUCAAUCAUGAUUUGUAUUUUGCAACAUCAUCAAAUUUUAUUUGUUUAUUUGUAUUUUGAUAUUGUUAUAAUGAUUAUGUGUCAAAACUUUGUUUGCUCCCUUUUGUGGCCAGUUCUCUCUUGCAAAAGAGAUCUGGAAUCUCAGUGGGACUAACCUGGUUGAAAUAAAGGUUAUAAUAAUACAAAACCCAAUUCCAUUGAAGUUGGGAAAUUGUGAUAAACGUAAAUAGAGACAGUACAAUGAUUUGCAUAUCCUUUUCAACCUAUAUCCAAUUUAAUACACUACAAAGACAAGAUGUUUAAUGCUCAAACUCAAACUUUUUUCUUUUUCAAUUAAAAAUUAACUCAGAAUGUCAUGGCUGCAACACGUGCCAAAGUAGUUGGGACAGGGGCAUGUUUACCACUGUGUUACAUCACCUUUCCUUUUAACAUUUGGGAAAUGAGGGAAAUGAGGAGACUAAUUGUUGAAGCUUUGAAGGUGGAAUUCUUUCCCAUUCUUGCUUGAUGUACAGCUUCAGUUGUUUAACAGGCCAGGGUCUCCGUUGUCGUAUUUUACACUUCAUAAUGUGCCACACAUUUUCAAUGGGAGACAGGUCUGGACUGCAGGCAGGCCUGUCGAGUACCCACACUCUUUUACAACGAAGCCACGCUGUUGUAACACGUGCAGAAUGUGGCUUGGCAUUGUCUUGCUGAAAUAAGCGGGGGCUUCCAUGAAAAAGACGUUGCUUGGACGGCAGCAUAUGUUGCUCCAAAACUUGUAUGUACCUUUCAGCAUUAAUGUUGCCUUCACAGAUUUGUUAGUUACCCAUGCCUUGGGCACUAAUGCACCCCCGUACCAUCACAGAUGCUGUUCAUUUCCUCUUUGGCCUGGAGGACACAACGUCCACUAUUUCCAAAAACAAUUUGAAAUGUGGACUCGUCAGACCACAGAACACUUUUCGACUUUGCAUCAGUCCAUCUUAGAUGAGCUUGGUCCCCGAGAAGCCGGCGGCGUUUCUGGAUGUUGUUGAUAAAUGGCUUUCACUUUGCAUAGUAGAGUUUUAACGUGCACUUACAGAUGUAGCAACGAACUGUGUUUACUGACAGUGGUUUUCUGAAGUGUUCUUGAGCCCAUGUGUUGAUAUACUUUACACAUUGAUGUCAGUUUUUUGAUACAGUGCUGCCUGAGGGAUCAAAGGUCACGGGCAUUCAAUGUUGGUUUCCGGCCGUGCCGCCAACAUGCAGUGAUUUCUCCAGAUUCUUUGAACCUUUUGAUGAUAAUAUGGACCAUAGAUGUUGAAACCCUUAAAUUCCUUGCAAUUGUACUUUGCGAAACAGUGUUCUUAAACUGUUUGACUAUUUGUUCAUGCCGUUGUUUACAAAGUGGUGAACCUCACCCCUUCCUUGCUUGUGAAUGACUGAGAAUUUUUGAGUAAGCUGCUUUUAUACCCAAUCAUGGCACCCACCUGUUCCCAAUUAGCCUGCUCACCUGUGGGAUGUUCCAAAUAGGUGUUUGAGGAGCAUUCCUCAAAUUUCUCAGUAUUUUUUGCCACUUUUCCCAACUUCUUUGUCACGUGUUGCUGCCAUCAAAUUCUGAGGUAAUUAUUUGAAAAAAAAACAAAAAAAAAAGUUUAUGAGUUUGAAUAUUAAAUAUAUUGUCUUUGUAGUGUACUCAAUUGAAUAUAGGUUGAAAAGGAUUUGCAAAUCAUUGUAUUUCGUUUUUAUUUACAAUUUACACAUCUUCCCAACUUCAUUGGAAUUGGGUUUUGUAAAAAUAGGCUGAGUGGAGAUGCUGGCAAAAGCCUAUGCAUGUCAGCAGCAAAUGUUUUUUUUUUUCUUCAAACUUGACAUUCUCUUUAACAAACCUUUUUAUUUUGUUUUAGUGUGAAUGCACUUUCAUUGAUUUUGAUCCUUUUUCUAUCCUGCCAGGUGGUUUCCAGGUUCAGUCACUGAACUGGCACUGCAGUGGGGACUCUUUGAUCUUGCUGUCAAAGGAGCAGCUCUGUUUGUGCUACAUGGAUUCUGACCAGGAAGACAAGUAACGCACACCAACGUAGACCUCAAGGAAGACUGUAUUUACACAGUAGGCUUUUCUAAUCUAUGCACACUUUGUGAGAAUGUGUAAAAGGGAUGACUAAGACACUGGUCUGAUUGCUCCUCAUAAAAAAUAUCAGUCUUUUCAAGUUGAACUGCAUUUCCACUACAAGGCCUUGAAGGUGCUCAGUGCUGGUUACUGAGAUGUUCCAUUUUAUAUAAAAACACACAGAGAAACCACAAAUUUUUCCAGUGGACAACUAAUGGAUAUAAAUCACUUUUUAAAUGAUCAAAUGUGUGAACAAGCUCUGGUUUUGACACUGUGAAAGAUAGAGGUUUACGUAGUUCACUUUGUGUUACUGCACUAUGUAUUCUUUGAAUGUAAAAUGAUUGUGCAUUUAAAUUGUGUAAAUAUUUGGAAUAAAAUUUGUUUUAAAGUGAGUUCAUAAAAACUGUGCAGUUAUGUCAGUAAAAGUAGAAA